CAAUAACGCCCCCGUCUUGUUCUCUCUUCCUUUCUUUCUUUUUGUUUUUUUUUUUGUUUUUGCUUUUGUUUUGGUCUGAAUUGUUCUUUCUUGUCCUCUUUCUCUUCUCAUCACCUUUCCCCUGUGUAUCCAAAAAAACACUCGUCGUACCUUCUCUCCAAUGGCGAGCAACCACCCUCAUCUUCCUAAAAAAUCCAGCAGCUUCGUCUCCGUCCGCGGCGACAAGCAUCGAGAGAUCGACCGCAACCUCUCCUUGGGCGCCAUCAAGCUGCAAGAAUGCGACGACAAGAAGGAGAGGAGCAGCGACGACAUAAUUCAAGAGGGAGAGGAAGAAGACAACCAAACAGAGGAAGCCAAUGCCGAGGAACCCGAUGCCAGCCCCACCACCAUCGCCGCCGACGUCGAUAAUUUCAUCGCCCUCCUUCCCUCCGUCGAAGACGGCGGCGAGCCUCCCAGCAUCCCUGAAUCCUCCGUCGAGAGGUUCGUGCAGCUGGUGGAGAAGGAGAUAGCGAGGUGUGAGGCUGGCGAGGCGAAUCUGGAGGAGGAAGGGACGUCGGCUCUUUUUGAUGCGGUGGAGAGGACAUUUAAGCUGACGACCGCGGUGGCGAGGUUCUCGUCGGAUCCAGGGUACCAGCAGGCCAUGAACCGCACCGGCGGCGUGCUCCAUCAGGCAAUGUGCUUCCUCGAAGGACAGCUCUACGCUCUGCUCCACGAUCCCUGCGCCAAUAAGGUAGAUUCUGAUACCGGUGAGUUGCCUCCGCCGUAUCCGGCGGAGAAGGUGGCGAAGCUUCAGGCGGUGGCGAGCAUAAUGAUCGGCGCGGGGUACUCGAUCGAGUGCUGCCAGGUGUUCACGGUGGCGCGGCGGAACGCCUUCGAGGCGGCGCUCGGCUUCGAGAAGGUGAGCAUUGAGGACGUGACGAAGAUGGCGUGGGAGGCGCUCGAGGGCGAGGUGGCGUCGUGGACCAAGGCCUUCAAGCACGCCACCACGCUCGCGUUCCCCGCCGAGCACGCCAUCUGCGAGGCCGUCUUCGCCAGUGACCACCACGUCUCCGACCGCCUGUUCCGCGUCUUCAUGCGCAGCGCCGUCCUCCAGCUGCUCAGCUUCGCGGAGGCCGUCUCCAUGACCAAACGCUCCGCCGAAAAGCUCUUCAAGGUGCUCGACAUCUACGAAGCGCUGCGCGACGCAUCGCCGGGCAUCGACGCUCUGCUCCCCGAUCCACCGGAAGCAGACCAAGGCGAGGAUUCCGAUUCCUGCUCCGAGUUGAUCUCCAACACCAAGGCGGAGAUCGCCGUGGCGAAAUGCCGGUUGGGGGAGGCAGCCGUGGCCAUGUUCUGCGAUCUGGAGAGCAGCAUCAAGUCGGAUCACGGCAAGACGCCGCUGCCGGGCGGCGCCGUGCACCUAGUCACCCGCCACGUGAUGGACUACCUCAAGAACGCCGACGAGUACCGUGGCACGCUGGAGCAAGUAUUUAUAGAGCACAAGCACUCCGACGACGACGAAGAGAGCAGCGGCGGCGACGCCGAGAACCACAACCCAUUCGCGGCGCAGCUGGUGGAGACCAUGAACCUGCUGGACUCAAACCUGGAGGCCAAGUCGCGCCUCUACAAAGACCCGGCGCUCUGCAACAUCUUCUUGAUGAACAACGGGCGGUACGUGGCGAAGAAGGUGAAAGAGUCGCCGGAGAUCCACCAGCUACUAGGGGAGACCUGGUACCGGAGGCGAUCGACGGACCUGCGGCAGUACCACAAGAACUACCAGCGGGAGACGUGGUCGCGGGUGCUGGCGUGCCUGCGGGAUGAGGGGCUGACGACGCACGGCAAGAGCGGGGUGGCGAAGCCGGCACUGAAGGAGCGGUUCAAGAGCUUCAACGCCAUGAUCGACGAGAUCCACAAGACGCAGAGCACGUGGGUGGUGAACGACGAGCAGCUGCAGUCGGAGCUCCGGGUGUCGGUGUCGGCGGUGGUGGUGCCGGCCUACCGCUCCUUCCUCGGCCGCUUCGCGCAGCACUUCUACCCCGGAAGGCAAACGGAGAAGUACGUCAAGUUCGCGGCGGAAGACAUCGAGAACAUGAUCGACGAGCUUUUCGAGGGCAAUCCCUCGACUGCAGCUGCAGCCAGCAAGCGGUGGCUGUGAGAGAGAUCGCCGGCGCCGGAU